UGAACAUUUACGGGAGAUUAUGGAGCGUUGCCUGAGACAGGGGUUUCCAUCAACAAAACACCAAGUUAUGGAUUUGCUCGUGGAAGAAUGGUGCCGCAUCCGUCCAAUAGAGUUCCAAGCACUUGUAGAAUCUAUGCCAGGGUGCCUGCCUUGAAGCUGUUCUGGCCUCGUGGUGGCUGGCUGUGGUGGCUCAUGUUGGUGUUUCCUUUCUUUUGGCAGUUACCUAGUAGUUUAUUUCACGGUUGAGUGAGUUAAUUCUGGGCGGAAAGAGGAAGCUAGAUAAGUAGGCUGCUAGGGUAACUACGAUGUUGCAACAGUGUAACAACGGAGGAAUUGCUGAUUGAGUCCGGGUAAACAAAGCAGAAGACAUUUUAUAAAUACUUUGAUGACCUUGUAGUUGUUCUUGACUGCAUUUACGUGGUGAACUUUCAAAAUGUGGCAAACCAGUUAGUGUGUGUGUGCACCUUUGUUACCAUGCAGGAGGAUGAAUGUCCAAUCCAAUGAGACCAUGCUCUUUGAGGAAGAGGUGGACAAGACAAGUCGGGAGGUUGAAGAGGACAAUGUGUCCACGAAGAUGGUUACUGUCAACUGGGACCAAUGGGACAGGUUACUGCUGCCCUCUCCACUGGACUCUGGUGUGCACAGUCUGGACACGGUGUACGACAGAACCACCGUGAUGAUUGAGCAAGACCCUGUGGGUUCUACAACUGACAAUAAAGAGGAAGAAGAGGACCUGAUGAUGUAUCUAGACGAGGGAUUUGAGACGGAGGACCGUGGAGGUCUGGAAGACCACUGGGAGGCCAUGUCACAGGGGUACAUCCACCACACCAUCUCCCAGGACCAGAUCCAGUUCACCAUCAACCCUGGUUCCACACCCAUGCCCCGGCACAUCCAGGGGGCCACCAUCACACUACACUCUGAGUGCCCAGAUACCCACCACAGCGAGGUGAAGCGUUACCAGUGUCUAUACAAGGACUGUACUCGUACCUACAGCACAGCAGGGAACCUGCGGACCCACCAGAAGAGACACAGAGGAGAGUACACAUUUGUCUGCAACCAGUUGGGCUGUGACAAGGCCUUCCUCACCUCCUACAGUCUGAAGAUCCACAUCCGCGUUCACACCAAGGAGAAACCCUUUGAAUGUGAUCAACAGGGCUGUGAGAAGGCCUACAACACACUGUAUAGGCUAAAAGCCCACCAGAGACUGCACACAGGGAACACGUUUAACUGUGAGUCAGAUGGAUGCACCAAGUACUUCACCACCCUGAGUGACCUGAGGAAACACAUCCGGACACACUCCAAGGAGAAGCCCUUCAGGUGUGAUAAUCCUGGCUGUUACAAGACUUUCACCUCUAGUGACCAUCUCCAAACACACUUCCUGGGACACACAGGCGAGCCACCCCUCCUUCAGGUGGACACAGACGGCGAUAUCUCCCUAAGCGCCUCCAACAGCCUUAGAGACAACAUCAAAGGUCAUGACCCUGGAGCGUCAGCUGACAUCACUGACAGCCGCUCUCUCUUAGAGGAUUUGAACCCUCGUUCCCCAUGUCUCAGUGAUAUGAGCCUGAUUUCCACUGAUUCUCAGCUCAGAGAAAAUAAUUCUGAUGCCCUGGAUCUGAUGUUUGAGUUGCUGUUUCAAGACAAGCCCCAGACACAGGGUGUGUCGUCGUUGGCAGUGCCCUCAUGUAGUUUGGAGAACCCAUCUCCAACCGUGGUGCUCCCAGAAGCAUCUCCCUGUUUUAUCUCUACCUGUCCUGCCCCCUCUGACUCUCUCCCUGGUGAACCCUGUCCUGUACCCCAGCCCGUCGCUGUCCUCACCCCUGGUGAAUCCUGUCCAGUUCCUGUCGCUGUCUCUCCCAUGAUCAGUGAAAUAACUAAACAUGAUGUGAAUCCAGAACAGCUGUCCAACCAGAGCCUAUUACAACAGCCAGCCGCAUCCGUCUAUUACCAACCUAGCUCCAAUCAGAGCCUACUACCACAGCCAACCAACGAGAGCCUCCUUCCACAGCAGAGCCUACGACUAGAGCCAACCAUCACCCUCCAUUCACAACCAGGCUCCACCCAGAGCCUCCUACUAGAGCCAACCACCACCCUCGAUUCACAACUAUGCUCCACCCAGAGUCUACUACUACAGCCAGCUGAGACGCCUUCCAUCUAUUCGCAACCAGGCCCAUACCCUCCACCCCCCAGCUCCUUCAUCCAGGCCCCACUAACAUCCCUUUCCCUGGGGCACUUUGCUCCUCCUACUGUCCCUGCCCAGAGUACCCUCCAGCCCUUGACCUUGUCCACACAGAACCUCCAGUGGCUGUUUAACAGUGUCAAUGACCAGAGGCAGCAGGACACACAGACACAGCUAUUACAACAACACAGUGGCUCGACACAAGAGAAGCUCUAUUUCACCACAGCAAUACCUAUGGGAGGGAACACAGGGACAGCUCUGCAACAGCUAGGCCUGCGUCUGCCUGUCAUCGUCAUCAGACAGGGAGAGUCAUGCCAGUGUCGGUGCCCCUGCAGAGACGGCAGCACAGUAUCAGACACAGAGAAACAGACUGGUUGUCAACCUACUGGUGAACCCUCUGGUGCCCAGGUCAAGCAGCCCCAGGACCUAUCAACCCAGGACCCACCACAGCCCCAUCAGCCCCAGGACCCACCACCCCAGCCCCCUCUACCGCAGCAGCCUCCACCUCCACCUGUACCUCUCUGAUGAAAAUUCAAGUCAACCUUUUGAUAGUGAAGAAACUGUUCCUGUUACUUAUCCACCUGAGACAUCUUAUAUGCACUGUACUGUGUACUUAACUCUUUCUGUUGUUAAUACCUAGUUCAGGAUCAGGUCUCCCGACCCUGUCCCCAUAACCUUAACCAACCGUAACCCCAUACUAGUUGCUGAGGGUAGAAAGCAAUCAAAUGCUGCAUUUCAGUGUAGAUCAGGUCAACGCAGGUUAUCUACAGUGUUUUAUUUUGAUUUAUGACAUGUCUGCUAGCGUUCAAUUAUGAGUUGGGCUAGAACAGUGGCUGGCCGCUGAGUGUAGUGUGGAAAACAUUUGACUCAAGCACAAAUCCUCUGUAGCGAUAUUCUACUUUACAUCUAGUCCCGCUGGAAACAUUAAGGGUGACAUUUAUUUUUGAUGGCGCAGAAAGAAAAAGCUGCACGGGGAACAUCACUCCCCAUGCAGUACUUGGCAUUGCAGUUUUUGUCAAAUGUGUGUGAAAUGCUAAAUGUUCUGGGAUGGUGUGCGUCAUGUAUCCGUACCAUUUCAUUAUGAACCUGCAAAUGAUCUGGAGAUGUUGUACAUGCUGCUAUAACAAUAUAGUGUAUUUAGACACGAGCAAACUAACCUGGCAAAGAACACAUUUUGAGUUUUUCUUGAAUGUUCAAAAUAUAACCGUUUUUAACAUUUCAUUUUCUAUGUAAUGUCA